AUGGCCUCUCCGUCUAAGGGAUACUGCUCGUCACCAGUGGGACCCACUCCCGCAAAACUUUUAUCGAGGAAAGAGUUGCUGUCACGUAUGAAGCAAUCCCUACCCAAAACUGUUCAAGAAGGGGAGGAAUUGGAUGCUGAACCUGAUAAAACUCCCUGUAAAGCCGCCGAUGUUUCUACAGUCACUGGAGAUGAGUAUUUCUCGCCCCUCAGUUCAAAGAUCUUGGAAAAAGACACUGGCCCCGCGGUUGUUCUGGAGGAUGGCGGCAAAGAUGCAGAUCUAGAAUUAACCACCGCCGUAGAGGCUCCCUUGGAGGAAACGCACCACUGCGAUGCGUGUGAAGCAUUUAUAGUGGAGAAAGCCAAUCGUGAAGACGUUUUGGAAGUUGCAAUGACGAAGUUGGCGAGGACCCGCCUAGAGAUCCAGGAGGCUUUCCAAUGGUACUCACAGGAACUGCAAAACCUCAAGAGCAGUUUCUCUUCUUUGACUACAGUAGCCGCUCAGACUGGGAAAAAUUACGAGGCAAAGGAGAGGAUCAUUCGUCGUCAGUUCAAGCAAGUCGUGGAGAAACUUCAGUUUGAAUAUAAUCAAUUCACCGAAGAGAAGGCCAAAGAACUGUCUGAAAAGGAUAUGUCACUGACACAAAGUACAAAUCUUGUAAAAGAGUUAUCCUCAAAACUGAACAUCUCUCAGACCGAAUUUGAAAGGUUUAAAUCCCAAAUUUCGCGCAUGUCGUUGUUUGGGACCAAUAUUGGCGAUGUGUUGAAGAGUGCAUUGGAAUCAGAAAAUGUCGGAAACUGUAUUCUGGACCCAUCUUUCAAAAAGAACAACCCUAAUGUGUCCGGAUUUGCAUAUACACCAAUAACGGAGGUAGUUGAAAAGCAAUGCACUGAGACGAUUAACAGCUACAAAGAAAUAUUGGGGGCUACAGAGAAGCGUUGGGAGAAGGAGAAAAAACACUUUGAGCAGGGGAAGGAACGUUCCUGGGAGAACGAACGUGUCAGGUUAACGCAAAGUAACGCAUCUCUAGAAACCGAAGUUCACAGAUUAGAGAAAGAGCUUGCUCUGCAAAGAGAUGCCCUCAGUAAAACGGAAAAAGAGAGGGAUAAUAACCGAACCAAGCUAUUAGAAACGGAGGCAAAAUUGCAUGCAUCGAAGGAGGAAUCCUUCGUUAAGCUUUUGGAAGUCAAUGACCAAUUGGUCAAAGAACGGCACUCCGUGGGCUUAAAAUUUAAGAACUGUCAAGUGGAGUUACAGGAAGCUGAAAGAAUGCUAGAACAGCGAAACGAGUACAUAAACGAGCUCAGAGAGGCGCAGAAGUUACAGCUGGCGACCAUGACAAACGUCACUACCAAGUAUAAUUUAUUGGAAGGAGAUAAGGACAAGAGUGUGCUCUGGGAGGACCUGUGUUCCAUCCAGCCAGAGGCGACGGAGGAGUACUUGCAGUUCGAGCGCUUUGACAGCUUGACCUACGUAGAACUGCAAAACAUAGUCAAGAAGUUGGUGGUCAUGUUGAUGAUCCCAAUGGACAAAGUGGACAAGAGACUCAUCAUGACGGGGAUCGCGCUGAAAUAUGAGCGCAACGUGUAUUCGUAUUUUGCAAACAGGCUCAAUUACUUGCUGCAUAAGGAAAAAAUCCCCAUCAAGGAGUACCAGCAGUGUGCCUACCAGCAGUUCAAGUGCACUGGCACUUUGGAGGGCAUCAACCACGGCCUCACCGACAAGCUGGAGGAGCUGUAUAACGACAUCGCUGAAAAGAUAUAG